UUGUUGUGAUAAACUUAUUAAAUAGGGUUGAAUGAUUGGAUAGUAUAAGCAGCAAACUAAUAAAACCCAGAGUAAUAAUGGAUGUAACUGAUAUGAGUGAAUUCUUCGAUAUAGGAGACUGCAGUGACUCUUCUUUGUCAAGCAAUAUGAAUGACCCGGAAUUUUUUGAUGUUUUGAAUGACAUUUCUACAACUGCGCAGUGCAUCAUGGAUCAAGAUAAUCAAGAGAUUGAUUCAAAAAUGGAUAACCACUUGAAUUCAGAUCUGUGGUUGAUGAGCGGGCUCGGAGAGGAGCAUUCUCCCUCUCAUGAUUCAUCAUCUUGGUCACCUAAAAGCAAUAUCAGCUCUGAUAAAUCGUAUCUCAGCGACAAUGCUGUAGGGACUGGUUCAUUCGAUUCUGCUUUGGCGAGAUGGAAUGAUAAUGGCAGCGAAUCCAACGUCCUGAUAAACACGAAAGAUAGAGCUGAAAUAUCGAAAUUCAAUCAUCUUUUGGAUCUUUCUCUGAAAUCGGCAGAGCACUUGACAUGCAUGGAUAAUUUACAGCAUUUGGAUCAGGGAUCUGGUGACAUGAUGAACGCUCCGCGGAUUGUGCGGCCAAUACUGUUACAACGAGAAAAUCAACGAGCUUCCAUGAGAUUGGACCAAAACGGAAGAAAUUCGAAGUUUCAGACUAUUGCAGAAAACAACAUUGGAAGUAUGGUCACACUUCCAGCUAUGAUUCAGUUGGAUGAGAAAGCAGGAGUCCAGUACAGCAAUACGUGUCAACAAAUGAACCAACCGAUUGCUGCGCCUGUUUUUUAUGUUGUGAACUCCAAUGCGAAUCAUCCGCGAACAUUGAAUAAGUAUACGUCUGUUCAGCCUUCAGUUAUUACCCAGGCACCAAGUGCAAUCCAACGUCAUCGCGUUCUGGCACAUCCAUACUUGAGACCAGAUGAUAGGUAUUCUCACAACAUCAGGAAACCGGCUUGUGUGGUGCCACCUACUCAGCACAUUGUGCAGCAGGAUCCUCCGAGAAGCGUUGAAGAGAACUUGACAAGAACAGCAUUGUUUCACGGCGAAGAAGCAGAAGAAAGGAUAACUCAGCCUCAUUAUGUGGUUGAAAAAGUAGUGAAGACCCCUGGUUUUUCUGAGUUCAGCCUGACAGAUGAGGAGUACGGAGUGUUCAUUUCUGAAGGCUUGCCAGUUCCGAGGUGUUUUCCGCUCUCGAAGACGGAUGAGAGAAAUUUAAAAAAAGUCAGACGAAAGUUGAAGAACAAGUGGUCGGCACAGGAGAGCAGGCGUAAGAAGAAGGAAUACCUGGAGAGUCUGGAGGAGCAGUGUGAGUCGGUGUCCUGCGAGAACCAGCAGCUGAAGAUACGAGUCAACCACCUCGAACACGACAACAAGACUCUAGUGUCGCAGCUGAGGAGACUGCAGGAGUUGGUGAGUUCAUUCGGAACUACCACUUUGAAGUCUUCCAUGUCCGGAGUGAGUGGCAUGCUCAUUCGUUCUCCUCCCGAACAGCCGAACAUGUCAUCAUCUUUCUCACCAGAUGCGAAUAAAGCAAACACGGGAAAGAGCACUGUAUUAAUGAUGUUCACCAUCUUCCUCACCUCUCUGCUGGCUGGUACAGCUCCAUACGGAUCCACUCACUCCAACCUCUUUCUGGACUCAUCACUACAUCCAGUUGUCUUCCCAGAUACUCAGCAUUCCCUUGUCACCCACUUGCAUCAGGACUCUUCCACUUCUCGGAAUCUGAGGAACACUUUGCUGUUGCUCAGCCCAUUUGCACCCUCCAGAGUCAUCUACUUGAACAGGGCCCCAUUCAAACCAAAUCAGGAAGAAAUCAAGUCGCGUGUUCUUCAUUACACGCCGCACGAACAUGAGAAGUCUGAACCAACUGCUCCGUCUGGACAUCAGUUGAAGGUGGUGUCAACCAAAAAGGCAGAAACCCACAAGAUAGCCAAGACUACCAUCCCAGUCACGUUCUCCGAAGUACAGAAGUGGAAUGACUUCGAGUUCGAAAACGAAAGUGCAACUCAAAUGCCAGACAUGGGAUUCAAUUGGCUGAUUGUGGCGACCACCAGUCAUCCGAAGUUCUUUAGUAUUUCUGCAAAUUACUCGGCCACUUUGCCAAGAGUAUUCGUCAGAGAAUCCUCCAAACAAGGAAACUAUCUGGAAAACAAUCAUCAUUGCCAAGCACGUGGCGGGGAACCCCACCAUAAUAUUACUUCUCAGAUCACGGCUUGAAUUGACUGUGCCUCUUAGGACAAAAUGGGCAGCUACUUAUACCACGACAUUCUAUAAAAUGUUUCCAAAAAUGGCUUUACAGGUUUAACCACAUUCAUCUUGAACAUUAUUCCUUUUGGUGAUUUAUGUGAUAUAAUAAAAACUAAUCAAUGAGUGAAUCGUUUUCUUAUACACUGGUGCUAUGGUUUCAUUUUCAAAAAAUUCACAAUAAUCGAAAAUUUUCAAUUGAGUCAACCCGAUCAAUGAUAGCAACCUGGGUGAUUUCAAAAAGUGGCUUCAAAAAGUUUCCAUAACUGCUUAUUUUCAAGCCCGAUAAGUUUCAGAUCUGUUCAAAUUGGGUUGUCUUAAGCGCACAUUAUUUUGGCCGAUAUAAUUGUUCUUCACUUAUUGUCUCCAUUCUCCCGUAGCUUACGAAUUUUAUCCUUGAUUUCCAAUUCAGUUAUAAUUAUUCUGUAGUACUCAUUCAGUGCAUCAUCAACAUACUCAUUUUACUCAUUUCUGGCUGAUAGAUUUCUAUAUUUUUGUUAGACAAAUGUUUCAUUUUUGGUGUUUCACAAAUAUUAACAUAAUAUUUAGUUAGUUGCAUACUGGUAAUUUAGGAUU